AUGACGCCGUCCAAUCCGCCGCAGGCAGUGGCAACCGGCGCCGAGUACGCCUCGCAACAAGCAGCUGCCGCGACAGCUGCGCGCUUUGCCGGCUACUCGUCGUUCUACGCGUCCCCAGCGCCGACUCAGACUCAGCCCCCGACUCAGAAUCUGAGUCCUGUUAUCCGCGCGCCACCGCGGCCGCGGCCGGGACUGUUUACGCGCCCACAGGGACCGCCACCACCGCCGCCACCUCGUCCACUGCACGCGCUCCAUACUGCCGCUCGUUCGCGAGUACCGCCGCCGCCGCCGCCGUCGAUGGCGCUGUUUAGUCGCGGCCCGCCGCCCGUAUGCCGUCCUCCGCCCCGUCCCAGUGCGCAGGUCAUGUCGCAAUGGCAGUGGACCAAUGGCAGCAGUGGAUUGCCCGCCUCGGCACCGUCAGCAGCUCCUGCGGCGCCGCUGAUGAGGCCGCAAGUGACGCCACAACAUCGCGGACCGCUCGGUCCUCGUCCUCCUCCGCCUAGCAGCAUACGGCCUCCUCCUGGCGCGUUCGCAGCAGCACCACCAGCUGCUUCGUCGAGUGCAGCCGGCGCCGCCAAGUGGCCGGAGGCGCUGCACGAGUAUGUGAAGCGCGCGUUUGCUCGUUGCAGAGGCGCCGCCGACCAGACGAUCACGCAGAACGCCCUGAAAGAGCUAAUCACGAAUGCGAUCAUGACGAACAGUCUAUGGACCAAGAACUGGGCGGUCGAGCCGCUGCCAGUGCUGAUUGGCGACGCGCCAGCCGUAGCAAUGCAGACCAAAAGCGAGACGAUACAUGGACGUGUCGGACCGGAGUUAGUUGGUGGUCGCACGGCGUCGGCUUUGCAUUGUACCAGUGGAAGAGGUAGUGCUGUGCACGUCAAUCAGACCGCUGUGUUGCCGGGGAAAGAAGUGUCGGGCAAGAAGAAGAAGACGAAAAAGCGCAAGCACGAGAGCGCUGAAGUCGACCGAGCAGAUGACCAGCGCAAGACGGAGCGCAAGCAGCGGUUCUUCCAGACACAACAGGAGCUAAAGCGGUGGGUAGUGCCUGAAGUCGAUACGAAGAAGCUGCAAGUGCUGACGCUCGAUGGCGACUUGGACUUGGCCGCGAUGGUCAUUAAAGGUACUAGCCAGACGAUAGAGAAGGAAUACUUGCGAUUAACGUCUCCCCCGCAUCCAUCGACGGUGCGGCCCGAGCCUGUGCUGCACAAGGCGCUGGAGCUUGUCAAGUCGAAGUGGAAGAAGGGGGAUCACGAUUAUAUUUAUGCCUGUAGCCAGCUGAAGUCGAUCCGCCAGGAUUGCACGGUCCAGCACAUCAAGAACCAGUUUACCGUGUCUGUGUAUGAAAUCCACGCCCGCAUCGCGCUCGAGUCGGGCGAUAUCAACGAGUUUAACCAGUGCCAGACGCAACUCCAUGAGCUGUAUGAGAAGCUGAUCCCGGGCGAGGCGAUCGAGUUCCUCGCGUACCGCAUUUUAUAUUGUGUGUACGUGUCUUUGCAAGCGAAAAAGGGUGACUCCAAUGCAGGUCAGCUCGGCAUGUACAACGUGCUGGGCUUGGUGACCGCCAAAUUACGGACCGACGUGGCGAUCAGUCACGCACUGGCAGUGCGUCAGGCGGUUGCUAUGAAUGAUUAUCACCGUUUUUUCAAACUCUAUGUAGGUGCUCCGAACAUGGCAGGGUAUCUGAUGGACGUGAUGGUUCCGGCGAUUCGACUGAGCGCACUGCGAGCUAUGUGCAAAGCAUUCCGUCCGACCGUUUCGAUACAACAUAUUCGCAACGAGCUCAAGCUUACAGGGAAGGCAGGUAAAGCAUUUAUCCGUCAGUCUGGUCUCGCGUUUGUGAAGGGAGACAAGUCGCGCGUGGACACGAAAGCCUCGGACAUCGUCUGGACGCUGAGUAACGAGUCGUCGCUAAUUUAA